AUUGUGGGUCCUGUCUCUGUCUGUCUUUGUCCUCUCAGAGACUCAGAGAGGAGCAACAUGUCCGCCGUGCAGCUGCUGCGGGAGUCGGUCCAUGACCGGAUCCUCGCUGCCGCUGAAGACUUCCUGCUGCAGGUGGAGGAAGGAGGAGGAAAGGCUCGAGUCCCGGAGCUGAGAGCGAUGCUCACCGAGCGGCUAAUGGCGGCGGAGGAGCAGAUCCUCUCGGUGCUUGAGGAAACCUUGUUAGAGUCCGAGGAGCGAGUGGAGCGGUCCGAGCGGGAGAUCUGCCGCCAGAGGAGGCUGCUCGAUGCCGUGAUGCAGCCCGAAGUCCGGCUGCACAGAACAGUGUGUCCUGCACACAUUCAGCAACUGAUGGUGAUUAAAGAAGAGGUUCCCUCUGAGCAGCAGCAGUGGAGCCCCCUUGUGGACAAGAAGGACCCAGAGCCCCCCCACAUUAAAGAGGAACAGGAGGAACCGUGGACCAAUCAGGAUGGACAGCAGCUUCAAGGACUGGAGGAGGCUGAUAUCAAGUUCACAUUAACUCCUGUCGCUGUGAAGAGUGAAGAAGAUGAAGAGAAACUUAAAUCGUCAAAGCUUCAUCCGAGUGAGACGAAGGAGAACAGAGCGGACUGUGGAGGACCAGAACCAGCCAGGAACUCAGGUCCUGAUGGACGUUCACAACCAGGUCCUGAGGAUAAGACUGAAGACUCUUCUGAGACUGAAGACAGUGAGGAUUAUUGGAUGGAGACCAGGGAACCUCAGACAGGUUUGAAUACAAGAAAUAACAAACAGCCUCUAAGUGAUAUGGGAUCUAAGACAGAAAAAAAAUCAUUUAGUUGCUCUGAGUGUGGUAAAAGAUUUAGCCAUAGGAGCAGUCUAAAUACACACAUGAGGAUUCAUACAGGAGAGAAAUCGUUUAGUCGCCCUGAGUGUGGUAAAAGAUUUACCGAAAGGGGCAAUCUAAAUACACAUAUGAGGAGUCAUACGGGAAAGAAACCCUUUAGUUGCUCUGAGUGUGGUAAAAGAUUUACCCAAAAGGGCAGUCUUAAUAGACAUAUGAGUAGUCAUACAGGAGAGAAACCGUUUAGUUGCUCUGAGUGUGCUAAAAGAUUUAGCCAUAGGAGCAGUCUAAAUACACAUAUGAGGAGUCAUACAGGAGAGAAACCCUUUUGUUGCUCUGAGUGUGGUAAAAGAUUUGGCCAUAGAUGCCAUCUAAAUAUACAUAUGAUGAGUCAUACAGUAGAGAAACUGUUAAGUUGAUCUGAGAGUGGUAAAAGAUUAAAGAUUCAGUCCUAUUGUACGAGACGUGAGGAUUCAUAAAGGAGAGAAGUGACUCAGUUGCAACCUUUGCAAAAAAGAUUUAUUAGGGUUUAUCAGCAGAUAUUCAUAUUGUACAUAUUCCUAGUUCACUGUUUUAAAUAUACUAUUAUACGUUUUAUGUCCAUAGAAAAUAUGACUCAUUGAAUAACACGAAUGAUUUGUGUUUAUAUAUCUUGUUUCUACUGAAUUACAUAAUUUGUCUAUUUUUCAUAAUGUCCGAUAUCUCAUUUUAAGGUUAAAGUGUGUUCCUUUCACAGUAUGAAUGUGUGUUUUUAUCUAGUUCAUAUGAUUAAAUACGUUUGUUUAAAACAAUGGUUUUUGGGCUUGUGAGAUUCAAUGACAGUGUGUGUUCUCCUUUAUGUUUGUUUACGUUUGACGUGAAGUCGGAACUGGGCAGUUUCAGGUCAGAAUAUCUGACAUACGAGUCGUCUUGAAUGCAGCAUUACACUCACACACGGACAGUGGAGCAGCGAUGAUGGAGGAGCCCUCGUUGACAUGAAAGAUGUCAAACAGCAGGAUUGUUAAAUUCAGAGACAGCUGUGAUGUCCCCAAUCUAUACAAUUUAAGAUAAUUAUUUUUCUAUGCUUGUGUUUGUACUGGGAUGGUUUGGUUCUGUCGGCCAAUCUGUGUGAUACCAAACUCAGUAGAUCACAGAUCUAUAUAAAGCAACAUAGAUCAUAGGGCAAUGAUUCAAAACAAACAUAUUCAAUCUAAUGAGCACUUAGCAGGCAAGGAUCAACAUCACCUGACGGACGCAGUAAGUGAAGCGUGUAUCCUUGCCGCAGUGCGCAAAACGCAUGCCACUCUUCAAAAUGCAUGGGCUCGUGCCCGUUCAGUGCUGCUUUGCAGUCCUAGAAAUUGUAGAAAUUGUAAUUUUAAUGUUAAAUUGUUUUUGUCUUCAUCUCAAUUUGAAGUUGAUCUGAUCUAAGCCCUGGUACAAGUACCUCAAAAUAAAAAUGUGGAAUAUGGCCAAAAUGGCCACUAAAUGCAAAAUGGCAAGCUUCCUGUUGUGUCUUUCAUAAUGCCCCUUGAGAUUUUCUUGUUUUCCUGGUUUCCAUUUUCUUGCAUUAUAGUUGAAAAUUUGUCUCUGCCUCAUACACCUCCACAAAUCCCAAAAUGCACAGCAUAAUAACAACUACCUUAAAUAUGUGUCAAUACAAAACAUGGUACCAUAUUGUGAUAUAUUGCAUUUGUAUAACACAUAUCGAUCAAACUGAGAAACUUGAAGAAACAAUAAUGUGACAUUUAGUAUAUUAAUAUUAUUUAUCACAAAUUAUUGUAUUUUGAUAUCAUCUUUGCCCAAACCCUGAUGUGCUCCCACAGCUGCAGUAGCCUGAUCGUAACCACCAGGGGGGGUAAGAGCUCUGCAUUUGUGACUGUUCAGCAUGCAUUGUUGGUCCUCCUAUUUUUCAGCAUGAGACCAUCCUCCUGGUUACGCUCUCCUCCUCCUCCUCCUCCUCCUCUUCCUCUGACCCCAUCCCUCCUUUUCUUAUUGUCUUAUUGUCUACAGCUGCAGGAGACAAACCCUUUAGUUGCUCUGACUGUAGUAAAAGAUUUAACCAUAGGUGCAGUCUAAAUAAACAUAUGAGGAGUCAUACAGGAGAGAAAACGUUUAGUUGAUCUGAGUGUGGUAAAAGAUUAAAGAUUCUGUCCUAUUAUACAAGACAUGUGAGAGUAUGUUAGAAUUUGUAAAGGAGAGAAGUGAUUCAGUUGCAACCUUUGCAACAUAAGAUUUCUUAGGAUUUAUCAGCAGAUAUUCAUAUUAUAAAUUAUUCAUAGUUCACUGUUUUAAAUAGACUUAACAGUUUUUUAUCACUAGAAAAUAUAACUCAUUGAAUAACACAAAUGAUUUGUGUUUAUAUAUCUUGUUUCUACUGAUUUCUACAUAAU